CUUUUUAUCUCCACGUUGGUCAGGAAGUCACAGUUGAUCUACAGCUUUGUAUUUAAUGAAGGCCAUUUUGUAGAUCCACAGUCUGCAGCUCUGAUCUUUGAGAAGUUUCUUCAAAGUAAUUGAAAGCACAUGGCCUUUUCAGAUGUUUGGCACUCCUUGUUUGUUACAUUUGGUUGUAUUAUCUAUCAGUCUUCGGAGGUGGCUGUAAAAGUUGAACCUUGGUCUUGCUCUGUGGAGGAGUGGCAUUGAAGCGCGUCAUCCAUGCCAGUAACUCUUCCAAUCCAACCUUUUUCCGGGGUUUCUGUGCUUCAGCAGGAUGUGGUGGACAGACCAAAAUAAUCUGAUCCGGAUAAAGGAAGAACAGAUUCUAGAUGAAAACUACUACUUGGACAGAACAUUGAGGACAGGAGGAUAGCAUUUCAGAGUCACAUACCUCUAGGUUGGAUUUUACUGCAGAAGUUGACCGAUGUAUAGCUUGGAGCGGCCGACUGGGACAUACAAGGAACACCUGAAGAAGAGGAGGACAGUAGUACCUUCCUUCACUGAAGAUGAGGAGUUGAAGCAACUUCUAAAGUUAUACCAAAGCAACAGGAUCCGGACCACAAAGUAUUCCUUCCUGUCCUUCCUUCCCAAGAAUCUGUUUGAGCAGCUCCAUCGGUUUGCCAAUGUCUACUUUAUCUUCCUUGCCACCUUAAACUUUAUCCCGAUUGUGGAGGCCUUUCAGCCAGAGGUUUCGCUGAUUCCCAUUUUACUGGUGCUGUUGGUUACAGCCAUUAAGGACAUCUUUGAGGACCACCGCAGGUUUAAAUCGGAUCGCUUAAUCAACAAUCUCCUCUGUCAAGUCUACUGCAGGUUUGUCCUUUGUGUUCUUUCAAACUUUAACAGAUUUCCUCUAAUUGGAAGUCAGAUUCUCCCCCCUUUUACUUACAAACACUUCUCUCAAAAAGUUAAAGACUAACUCUUCUGGCUUGAAAAGUUCUUGAA